AUGGUAGUGCUGGCAAUAACCAUUAAGGAAAAGUCCCUGGACACGGCCCUGGACUCCUUCGAUGACCAGUACCAGGACUGUGACCCUGCCAUGGAGGAGGCAUUGCCAGCCCUGGGCCGCUCUGAGUUCCACAAGAAUCAUCUGUUCGCCCAGGUCUGGGCAAAGGCUUUUGCAGAGUGGCAGAAAGCAGGGUCCCCUGUGUCCCCUCUGUCGUCCCGAGCCCAGGCCAUCGCAAUCAUGACCUACACCAUGAAUGAUCUGUACACGCAGUUCAACGACCAAGUGAGGGUGGCCGGACGCUCCCCCCAGGAAUACCGGGACAAUUUCCACUUCAAAACGCUGCAUUUCUUGCUGACCAAAGCUGUGGCCACACUGAGAGCUGCUCAGGGAGAGCAAUGUCGCUGUGUGUUUAUAGGAGUGAACAAGUACAAGUUCAAAGCAAAUCGUAGCAACAUCGUCCGUUUCGGUCAAUACGCAUCAUCGUCACUUUGCGAAAAUGUCAGCAAAAAUUUUGGGAGCACCACGGUUUUCAAGGUGCAGACGUGUCACGGUGUGGAAAUCCAGGAAUUCUCCAAAUUUCCCAGUGAGAAGGAGGUGCUGAUCCCACCCUUCGAGAAGUUCAAGGUCACCUAUGUCAAUGACACUGAGGAUGGCAAGAGGAAUGUGGAGAUCCACCUCGACUCCAUCGGGACCUACAGCAAAUACAACUGCGAGUGGCUGAGAGGUGGAAGCAUCCCCAGGACUCCUCCUGGCCACCACAACCCUGGCAGUGGCCACCGGGAUCCUCUGAGCCACGAGACCACCAAGGACACCCAGGUCAGCAUGGUCACUAUGGCAACCACAGCCACCAUGGCCACCUGA